AUGCCGCAGGGCCCCGGCUCCCUGCUGCUGAUCGUCCUCGCCUCCCACUGCUGCUUGGGCUCGGCGCGCGGGCUCUUCUUCGGCCAGCCCGACUUCUCCUACAAACGCAGCAACUGCAAGCCCAUCCCGGCCAACCUGCAGCUGUGCCACGGCAUAGAAUACCAGAACAUGCGGCUGCCCAACCUGCUGGGCCACGAGACCAUGAAGGAGGUGCUGGAGCAGGCGGGCGCCUGGAUCCCGCUGGUCAUGAAGCAGUGCCACCCGGACACCAAGAAGUUCCUGUGCUCGCUCUUCGCGCCCGUUUGCCUCGACGACCUGGACGAAACCAUCCAGCCGUGCCACUCGCUCUGCGUGCAGGUGAAGGACCGCUGCGCUCCGGUCAUGUCUGCCUUCGGCUUCCCCUGGCCCGACAUGCUCGAGUGCGACCGCUUCCCCCAGGACAACGACCUUUGCAUCCCCCUCGCUAGCAGCGACCACCUCCUGCCGGCCACCGAGGAAGCUCCAAAGGUAUGUGAAGCCUGCAAAACUAAAAACGAAGAUGACAACGACAUAAUGGAAACUCUUUGUAAAAAUGAUUUUGCACUGAAGAUAAAAGUGAAGGAGAUCACCUACAUCAAUAGAGACACCAAGAUCAUCCUGGAGACCAAGAGCAAGACCAUCUACAAGCUGAACGGAGUGUCCGAGAGGGACCUGAAGAAGUCGGUGCUGUGGCUCAAAGACAGCCUGCAGUGCACGUGCGAGGAGAUGAACGACAUCAACGCGCCCUACCUGGUCAUGGGGCAGAAGCUCGGUGGGGAGCUGGUGAUCACCUCCGUGAAGCGGUGGCAGAAAGGCCAGCGAGAGUUCAAGCGCAUCUCCCGCAGCAUCCGCAAGCUGCAGUGCUAG